UAUUUCCGGUGUUUGAGCCCCGCCUUCUAUGUGUCGACCGCGAAUAUUUGAAAAAAUAGUUAACGUUACUGGUCCAGUGGUGAGACGUUAACUUAAAAAAAGAUCAACGGCAAUUCAAAACAUUGCAAAAAUGACGUCCAUUACCGAUCCAACUUUGAGUGAUGGGUUCACCAGUGCUAUGGAGGAGACUCACAAUAAACAGCUUAAAACAUACGAGGAGAUCAUUGACAUGACUGCAGAGUUGUGCCAAGCCCACACGCAUUCAGUGAAGUCUGCGCUUGAUACAUGUUUAAAGAAAUGUAAGGAUGAUGUGAUGCUGUUUGAGACAAUACAAACAUUCAAAACCGACUUGUUACAGAAAAAUUCGUCAUUGAAAGAGAAACGGCAUGCUAUUUCUGAAAUGAUGUCUGAGAUUCAGCAGAAGGAGAUGCAAAAAGACGCCAUCAUCCAGAAGAUGGAGAAACUUGGAGAAGACCAAGCUAAAAGAAAAGAGUUAAUAGAGUCUCAAAACAAAGCAAACAAAAACCGACUGAAGAAUCUCCAGAAAGCCAGAGUUGUCUUUCAAGAUCAUUUAGGGAUGGAGAUACGAACAAUCCAAGGCAAAACACAAUUGUCUAAAGGUGAAAAGCUGCAGUUUGUUUUCCGGAAUAUCAACCCCUCCGAUCAGGACAGUGCCUACGUGGUCACAAUGGGGAUUAAAGAAGAUGGAUCCUACCAGAUUGUGUCCAGUGACCCCGCGCUCGAGUGUUUGCCAGUCUUGGAAAGUCGGCUUCAGGAGACCAAUAACUUAGCAGCAUUCCUGGCAAACGUCAGAAAGGAGUUUAUCUCCCAGAUUCGAUCCUAAAAUUGAAAUACGGGGAGGAUAAAAUGCCGAGCAAGGACUUUCUUACAGCAACGGCGAGAUCGCUAAAGUGAAUAACAGGAAAUGUUUAAAAGAAUGAAUAAAUUAAGUUAAUGCAUAAACGCCGUUGUUUUAUUUGUAUUAAUCAAUUCAUUCAGUUAACAUUUUUCAUUUAUUUUCUCAUGUCAUUACUUGGUUUAAAGUGGGUCUGGAUAAGUGUACAGUUUUAUUUUUCUGGGCUUUGUAUUUACAUUUGUAAUCAUAUUCUGUUAAAAUACAUAUUAACCCCUUACAAUUUUGUGUAUAUAUAUAUAAUUUUGUGCGUGUAACUCCAUGCUUUUGUUUUUAUUAUUAAUAUUUUAAAUAUCAGUCAGUACAAGUAGAAUUUGUAUUUGUCUGUUUUCAUCACGUGUGGCUCUUGAACAUGAUUUAGUGUGUCUUCUGCAACUCUGCUAAGUCCGUGACAUCAGUCAGGCAUCCGAUGAUUCCACGCUGCUCAACGCCGGCAGCUCCUCCACAUAGGUGGAAGGAAAAUAGCCUUUCUUCUUGAGAAGUUCGCCAAACCACCAACCGUUCUCCUCUUUUCUGUAAAUGUCAAGGACAUCUCCUGUGAAAGAAAUCCAGUAGUUUUAUCCGCUUGUUAAUAAAGCGCUACCGCUUUAGGUCAUCUGCUCGUGAGGGGCCACUCACCUUCUUUCAAAGUCAGCUCAUCGUCCCCCUCCGGCGUGAAGUCGUACACGGCUCUGCAUGUCCCCACGCUGCACGGCUCCAGCGCCAUUUCAGCUGUUCAAUGUUGAUGGUUUUCAUUGCUUUAAUUUCAUGUUGAAAUUUCAAACGUGCUGAAUUGAAAAUAAAUCUUAAAGCCAGAAA